AUGGAAGUCGAUGAAGACCCUAGUAUGGAUGUGGAGAUGGAUUCGGUGGAUGAGAUGGAACAUGAGCGGAUGGGUAAUUAUCAUCGACUCCGGUCAUUAGGACCUACACCAGUUGGGCAUGAACUGACUGAAUAUUCUACUCCGCAGCCAAAUUUCGAGGAAGACCGGUUGGUGUUUAACCCUGAGACGACAUUCUCAAGGCGAUCCAGGGAGCCAGCAUUGAUACUCGAGGACGAGAAAUAUGAUGACGAAGUACAUCAGUCAGAAUGGAGUGAUGGACCACCAUCACCAAAGCGUGCCAGAAUCGACGAUGAAGGGUUGCUGGCUGAGGCAGUAUUAGCAUAUGCUGAAAAUUUUGACGGCAUUCCAGACACACCAAACACGUAUGCAGAAGCCAUUGCUAGUGGUGAAGCAGAUGAACGGAGCAAGGCUUUUGAUGCAGAGCUUCAUUCUCAUGCCCAAAAUUACACGUGGACCCUCGUUCCACGUAAAACGAACAUCCGUUCGAUUGGGUGCCGUUGGGUUUUUUCUAAGAAGCGGGAUGAGAGCGGUCAAGUUAUUAGAUACAAGGCUAGUCUAAUGGAUCAAGAGUUUAAGCAGAAGUUUGGGGUCGACUUCAUCGAAACAUACUUGCCGGUGGCCAACAUGAACUCAAUUCGAGUUGUGCUUGCUGUGUGUGCGGCACACGCCUACAUGAUGGAGCAGCUGGACGCUGAUACAGCGUUUCUGACAGUACGUUGGUGGAACCUGUCUAUAUAG